AUGGCGGCGCAGAGGAGGAGCCUGCUGCAGAGCGAGCAGCCCAGCUGGACGGACGACCUCCCGCUGUGUCACCUGUCAGGGGUGGGCUCAGCCCCCAACCGCAGCUACUCGGCAGACGGCAAGGCAGUGGAGAGCCACCCAGCCGAGGACAGCUGGCUCAAGUUCAGGAGUGAGAACGGCUGCUUCCUGUACGGUGUCUUCAAUGGCUACGAGGGCUCGAGGGUGACCAGCUUCGUGGCCCAGCGGCUGUCAGCCGAACUCCUGCUGGGCCAGCUCAGCGCCGAUGACACCGAGGCUGACGUGCGUCGGGCACUCCAGCAGGCCUUCGACGUGGUGGAAAGGAGCUUCCUGGAGUCCAUCGACGAUGCGCUGGCCGAGAAGGCGAGUCUCCAGUCCCAGCUGCCGGAGGGUGUCCCCCAGCACCAGCUCCCGCCGCAGUACCAGAAAAUCCUGGAGAGGCUCAAGGUGCUGGAACGGGAGACGGCAGGCGGCGCCAUGGCCGUGGUGGCCGUGCUGCUCAGCAACAAGCUCUACGUGGCCAACGUGGGCACGAACCGCGCUCUCCUGUGCAAGUCCACGGUGGACGGGCUGCAGGUCACGCAGCUGAACGUGGACCACACCACAGAGAAUGAGGACGAGCUCUUCCGGCUCUCGCAGCUGGGUCUGGACGCAGGGAAGAUCAAGCAGGUGGGGGUCAUCUGCGGGCAGGAGAGCACCCGGCGAAUUGGGGACUACAAGGUCAAGUACGGCUACUCGGACAUCGAACUUCUCAGUGCUGCCAAGUCACAGCCCAUCAUAGCGGAGCCCGAGGUACACGGGGCACACCCCCUGGAUGGGGUCACCGGCUUCCUGGUGCUCAUGUCAGAGGGGCUGUACAAGGCCCUGGAGGCGGCGCAUGGGCCGGGACAAGCCAAUCAGGAGAUCGCUGCCAUGAUCGACACGGAAUUUGCCAAGCAGACCUCGCUGGACGCCGUGGCGCAGGCUGUAGUGGACCGUGUGCGGCGCAUCCAUGGGGACACUUUUGCCAGCGGCGGGGAACGUGCCAAGUUCUGCCCACGGCAUGAGGACAUGACCCUGCUGGUGCGGAAUUUCGGGUACCCACUGGGCGAGCUCAGCCAGUCCGCACCCAGCCCUGCCCCAGCCACAGGAGGACGCGUGUACCCCGUCUCCGUGCCCUACUCCAGUGCCCAGAGCACGAGCAAGACCAGUGUGACCCUCUCACUCGUCAUGCCCUCCCAGGGCCAGCUGGUCAAUGGGACGCUCAGCGCCUCUACCCUGGAUGAGGCGACGCCCACCCUCACCAAUCAGAGCCCCACUUUGACCCUGCAGUCGACCAACACGCACACCCAGAGCAGCAGCUCCAGCUCGGACGGCGGCCUGUUCCGUUCGCGGCCUGCACACUCGCUGCCACCAGGCGAGGACGGCCGUGUGGAGCCCUACGUGGACUUCGCCGAGUUCCACCGUCUCUGGAGCAUGGACCACGGCGAGCAGAGUGGGCUGACCGCCCCCUAGCUGAUGGCACAGGCCUGGGUGCUGGCCUCGAUCUGCCUCGGGCCCAUGAGGGCCCUGGCUUCAGCCCCCCCCACAGCUCAGAGCUGCAGAGAACCAGCUCAAGGCCCCAGAGACGCUUGGUCCAGCCCUGCCAGGAACAAAGAGGGCUGCGAGAUCCGGCCCUGUCCUGCUAUAUAACCCUCCACUCCAGUUUCUUCAUUCCCCCAAAGCCCAGUGCUUGGGUAUUCCGAGUGCCAGGUGUGUGGCGGCAGGGAUGGGGUGCCUUUCUUGGCCCUCCAGGAGGUGUAGGCUCGGAGCUCUGGGGCCCUGCCCUGGAUGGGGGACAGGGUGUGAUUGUGAUGGGAGCAGAUGACCUGAGUUAGGCCCAGUCCUGGCCCCUCCCAGUCACCAGGCUGAGAGCUGUGUGGUCAGGGUUGGUCAGGGGAGUGCAGCCUUCUGCCCCCCUCCUCGGGCCCUGAUCCCAGACACUCUGAACUGGUCUGGGAGCACUGGAGGCAGUGCCCCCCAGUGGUACAGGUGAACAGGUUCAAGGGGCUCCUCUCCUGAGAAAACUAGAGGAAGGGGUUUGGGCUCCAGAAAUAGAACCUCGUAGGGAGGAAGCACUGCAGUGGGGGUCUGGCUGUCCCUGUUCCCCCUUCCUCCCUCUGACUGGCUCUACCUCCUCCCCCCUUUGACUCACUCCCUCCUCCCUCUGUCCAGCUCCCCCUCCUCCCACUGACUGGCUCGCCCUCUUCCCUCUG